UGCCUCAUUCAUGGACAAACCAAUCGAUGAGGCUUUUUCCGGGGAGGCGGUCUAGACGGUCGGCCGCGAUCUCCCAAAUCUAUGCCCCAAUGGGGAAGACCAUCAGGGGCGAAGGGGAGCAGGAGGAGAAGACAGUGGGAGCAGGAUCAAGGGCAGUGGCAGCAGUCGCGUGUUGAGGAGCUUGAUAGUGAGGGUGAUACAGAUACACAUCGAGUUGGGUUACAUUUGGGUGAGAAACGAUUUGCAAGCGAUCCACUGCAUUUUACGGGUAUAGAUAUUUCAAACACGAGGCCUAGAAGGGGUUAUUCUUAUGAUGAGUCUCAGCGAUCUUCCGAGUCCGAUUCUGACUCUGAAGAUUCUGAUUACCAAGAGGGUGACGACAGGCAAUUGGCUUUACGAGGGGAUAAAGAGGAAGCAAUAGUCCAAGGUGCUUUGGCUCGUAUUCGACGUGCUCAAGAAAAGGGGAGACAAGAUGUGAGGCUUACUCAAGAAGAACUUGAUGCCUUGGAACGUCGACGGAUCCGUAUGCAAGCUGCUGCCGCCGCGAAAGCUGCCAGGAAAGAAAAAGGAUCUAGUGGAGGUGGAGCGGAAAAGAAACGACGCAGCGACCGAAAAACUGUUGAUAUUGCUUCUCUUUUGGACCCGAGGCCAACCAGUGAACCAAGGAAAAGAAAAUCGAAGAGUAAAUCGGGCGGUUCCUCGCACCACAGUCCCUCUGCAGGACCUGGAAUCAUCGUUGAUGGACCACAGGGGCCUUCGUAUACUCCAAUUGGUGCAUACCAUCCUUCGGAUAGGGACACAUCUCGUUCUCGUUCAUCACCACGCCAUGGUGGCAAUUCAACCCCAGGUAUGAGUCGACAUUUCUCUGACGGCAUGCGGCCUGCUUCUCCUCAUACCAACAGUCCUCGUCGUUCUUUGCCAGAAGAGGAAAGCUGGAAUCCUACCAAUAGCAAACGGACAUCCCUUUCUCAAUACAAUGUCGCUGAUCCCUUUGAUUACCAGGUUACCACUGAUCAGCCUUUGCCCGUUACGCAACAGUACACGCAAUCAUCUUCGGGUCGUCGUAAUUAUCCCGGUCCCACCGAUAUUUCUUAUACUUCCGUUAAACGUAGCCCACCACAAGGCUAUCCUGCCGCCGAUAGGAUCCCUUCUGAUUCCUCUCUCAGACAUCGUACUUCUCCACGGGGAGAGAACGAGGUGAUAACAAUCCCAGAUAGCAGCGAGGGAUCCGAUUCAAGCGAUGAGCUAGGAAGGGGAGUACCACUUUUUCGAGAAGGACGAGAGCCUGAGCGAGAGCGAGUAAUUUCAAGGAGACCUGUUAGUGGUAGUGGGAGUAGUAAGAGAAAGGGCAAGGGAAGAUAAAAACUAUGGGAUUUUGUUUUUGCGACCUGCUUUACAGAUAGACUUUAACGCUCUGAUUUUCAAUGAAUGAUUUUAUAC